AUGCUGCCCCUGCGCCCCGCGCUGCUGCCCAAGCGCUGCCGCGGCGGCUCGGCCCCGCGCUCGCGGCCCGGCCGCGCCGCCGCCCGAGGACCAGCAGCAGCGGGAGGAGGAGGAGGAGGGCGCGGCGGCAGCGGCGGCAGCGGCGGCGGGGCCCCGGCAGCGGGCCCGCGCGGCGGCGGCGGCGGCGGUCCGGGCCGCGCGGCGGGGCGGCGGCGCGGGCCGGGGUCGCCGCGGGCUGCCCGGAGGGGGGCGGAGCAGGAGCUGCGCGAGCCGCCGCCGCGCUCGUGCCCGAGCUGGCCGGUAGGGGCCGUUGCCACCCCCCGCAGGGGGAGGGGGGGCGGAGCCGGGCGCGGCGCGAGGCCGGGUCGCGCGGCGGCGGCGCUUCUCGUCGCCCAGCCGGCGGCGGCCCCCGCGGCGGUAAUGGCGGCCGUCCUGUCCCCGCGCCUCUGCGACAGCGACCCCGCCACGCCCGGCGCCCAGUCCCUGAAGGAUGAUGCAGAAGAAAAUUCCAAUGAUGGUAGUCAACCAUCCAAAAGACGGCGUAUGGGGUCAGGGGACAGUUCUCGGAGCUGUGAAACUUCUAGUCAAGACCUUGGAUUUAGCUAUUUUCCUGCUGAAAAUUUGAUAGAAUACAAGUGGCCACCAGAUGAAACAGGAGAAUACUAUAUGCUUCAGGAGCAAGUCAGUGAAUAUUUGGGUGUGACUUCCUUUAAAAGAAAAUAUCCAGAUUUAGAAAGGCGAGAUCUGUCUCACAAGGAGAAACUCUACCUCAGAGAACUAAAUGUUAUCACAGAGACUCAGUGCACAUUAGGUCUAACAGCUUUGCGUAGUGAUGAAGUAAUUGAUCUUAUGAUUAAAGAAUACCCUGCCAAACAUGCUGAGUAUUCUGUUAUACUGCAAGAAAAAGAACGUCAACGAAUAACAGAUCAUUAUAAAGAAUACUCUCAAAUGCAGCAGCAGAACACACAGAAAGUAGAAGCUAGUAAAGUUCCAGAAUAUAUUAAAAAAGCUGCCAAGAAAGCUGCAGAAUUCAACAGUAAUUUAAACCGGGAGAGAAUGGAAGAAAGAAGAGCCUAUUUUGAUUUACAAACACAUAUUAUCCAGGUGCCUCAAGGAAAAUACAAAAUCUUACCUACAGAGAGAACAAAGGUUAGUCCUUAUCCAGUGGCUCUCAUACCCGGCCAGUUCCAGGAGUACUACAAAAGAUACUCUCCAGAUGAACUUCGUUACUUGCCAUUAAACACAGCUCUUUAUGAACCCCCUUUGGAUCCAGAACUGCCUGCGUUGGACAGUGAUGGAGAUUCAGAUGAUGCAGAGGAAGGUCGAGGUGAUGAAAAAAGGAAAACCAAAGGCAAUUCGCCAAAGGUCAUUCCAAAUGCUAUAUGUGGAAUUUGUCUGAAGGGUAAGGAGUCCAACAAGAAAGGAAAAGCUGAAGCACUUAUACAUUGCUCCCAGUGUGACAACAGUGGCCACCCUUCUUGCCUUGAUAUGACCCCGGAGCUUGUUGCUAUGAUUAAGACUUACCCUUGGCAGUGUAUGGAGUGUAAAACAUGCAUUAUAUGUGGGCAGCCUCACCAUGAAGAAGAAAUGAUGUUCUGUGAUGUAUGUGACCGUGGUUACCACACAUUUUGUGUGGGGCUUGAUGCGAUCCCUUCAGGUCGCUGGAUUUGUGAUUGUUGUCAGAAAGACCCUCCUGUACCCAGAAGAGGAGGAAGAAGGGGGAAAAACAGCAAGGAGGGAUAAAAAAAAAAAGGGGGGGGGGGCAAAACAAACAAAACCCCUCAACCUUGUUGUCCAAAACUGCACAAAUUUAAGUGAUAAUCUGGUGCUAUUUAACCAACCACUCUGAGAGGAAUAAUACCACUUUUUUUUUUCUUUUUAACCAAAUAAACUUUUAAUUUUGGCUAUAUAAUUUUUUGUGAUAAAAUCCACUAACUGUAUCCUGUCAGAUGUCUAGAUAGAAAAGCCAAAUUCCCAUUCAGAAAGAGAAAGCCUUCAGUAAUGAAAUUUAAAUUGUAUGUGCACCACUUGUAUAAAACUACAUUAACAUACUUGUUCAUUUUGGUGUACUUAUCAGCAAGCUCUGUGAAAAGAAAGUUACAGAGCAAUUUGAAUGUACACUGUUUGCAUAGCAACUGGUUACUUUGUAAGAUCUAACCAAAGCAAAAAUAUUCUUGGAAAAAACUAACUUUCAGGUAAGUGUGGACAUGACCUGACCUUCUUAAAAUGUGCUGUAAAUUCCCUUCAGUGAGAGUUUUCUUUACAAGUUAAUGACUAAUUCAUAAAGAUGUACUGAAAGAGACUGUAAACAUGUCUACCAAAAAAAAAUCACUAAGUUAUGAAGGGAGGUGUUAGAAAACACCUCCUAAGCUCAGGCUACUAUACGCUGCAUUGCUUUUAGUCAGGAAUGUCAUACUGACAGAUAAGAACAGCUGAAGGCUUACUCUCUGUAUAGCAAUAAUGAAGAAACAACAUGCACUUGAUUCAUGUCAUGGAUGUGCAGAGGUGAUGAGUGAGUGGAUGGGCCUCCACUUGCAAAUGGUCAACUUAACAUAGAGCACAAGCAGUUAAAAUACAGAUCACCUCUUGCCUUCGGUGUUUAUUUGGGUUUUCCUUCCUUCACCCUAGUUUCCUCUAGUUGACUUAAAAGCCAUUGCUGACUAGUUUUACUGAAGAUGCUUGUUAAGAGAAGCAGUAGAUCUAUUUUUUACAAAUGCUUUAAAUUGAAAGGGGCACUGAAGUGCAGCGUUUCAGAUUUCCUUUUUUUUUAUAUAAAAGUUGAUAGAAAAUACUGAAUUAGAGUUGAUUUUUUUCCUAAGCACCCAUUUAAAGUGAAUUUAGUAAGAUUCCCAUCUGUACAUUCAUUUUUAAGCCCUGAUCUCUGAAAAACACCAUAAAUACUGUGCUU